AUACAUAGGCAAUAUUCGUACAUGCAAGAUCUGUGGUCGAAAAUCAAAUGAUUUGACAGUUUGACACUUGACACCAAAACAAAACAUUGAAUAAAAAAUAAUUAGUUUUGGUUUACUGGGUUUAAUCAACUAAUUAGAGGCUAAUUAGUUAAUUCUUUCUUCAUUGCACCCUUUGAUUGCACCAAAACGAAGACCAAAACUAAAAUAAUGUCACUGUCACAAUCAUGUCAGCUUAUUUUUCUUGUCUAUUUUCUUUUGCAUUUUCUAUUUAAUAAAAUUAAAUAGAAUCCUUAGCUGGGCAAAAUAAAAUAUAGAACAAUGAUCAAAUCUGAAGAAUUUCAACUCGAAGGCGGAGAAAAUGAGCCUAACGUUAAUUUAAACAGUGAAUUUCAACAAGACUUAAAGAGAGAAAUAAAAACUGAAAUUAUGGAUAUAGAAGAUACUACAGAAUCUGAUACUGGUGACUGUGAAACUACUAGCAACUGUAAAUCUGAAUAUAUUAGAGAAAAAAUAGAAUUAUGUGAUGCUGGUGACUAUGAACCUACUGAUAAUCCUGAAUAUAUUAAGGUUGAACAGACCCCAUGGAAUUUGAAAGAUCACAAUAAACAUUUCAAUGAAACUGGAGACCAAAGCCUGCUGCCAAAACAUCAUCAGUGUACUCUGUGUGGUUUUAAAACACAUUUGAUAGCAACUUACAAGAAACAUUAUAAUGAACAUGUAUCAAAUCAGGAGAAACAAACAUAUGAUUGUUAUACUUGUGGAGCAAAGUACUAUGCCAAGAGAUACUUGAAAAAGCACAUAUUUAACACUCAUAGAACUUCAAAGUAUUCUUGUACAAAGUGUGAUUUUAAGACCUCAAAGAAAAAAUAUUUUCAAACACAUGAUCAAGUGCAUCAGGCUCCCGAUAAAGCCAAAAAAAACAAAUGCACUCACUGUGGAUACCAGUUCACAUCCAGUUAUACAUUGCGGAGACAUGUUUCGAUAUUUCACACUACUCAAGUUUAUUAUAAUUGUACCCAGUGUGACUUUAAAACAAUUCACGAGAAAAGUCUUCAAUAUCAUGUUUUAGUUCAUGGAGCACCUAAACUACAGUGCCCUCAUUGUAAUAAUAAAUACCUGAAACAAUCACUCAAGAAACACAUUAAGAUGGUUCAUCAAAUCGAAAAUUAUUAUUUAUGCAGGAAGUGCUCCUUUAGUACCACAGACAUAAGCGAAUUGAACCAACAUGGUGCAUCACAUCUUAGGUCAGACGCUAAAAAAGUGAAAUGUAGUUUAUGUGAUUAUCAUUACGUAUCACGAAAGACAUUUAGAAAACAUCUACAAACAACCCAUGGUAUUUUAAAGUAUUAUUUCUGCCGUAAGUCUGAAUGUAACUAUGAAGGCACAGACAAAGAGCAGUACGAGGAACAUCUUUUGACACACCAACAAGACAUUCUGAAGUAUCAAUGUGAAAUAUGCCUAUUAGUAUAUAGAGAAAAAAAACAUUUAGAUCGUCACAUGAUUCUGAUUCAUAAGAACCUGAAUUUUUAUUCCUGUUCAAAGUGCGAUUUUAAGUCUAAGAAGAAGCAAACUUUAUUAAAGCAUAGGGCUGAAAUUCAUCACUUAGAUGAAGAAUUUAAAUGUUUUCUCUGUGAUUUUGUUGGUAGUAGACAGAAAUAUAGCAAACAUGUUUUUACACAUAAAACUGGAGGUAUGUAUGAAUGUAAAAUAUGCGAUUUCCUGACGAAAGAUGUGCAAUAUCUUAAGAAACAUUUUCUGACUAAAAAGCACUUGGCAAGUGUAGAGGCUACCAUGAAACAGGAAAAGGACACAUAGUGUGAGUUUUAACUUUUUUACUUGUAAAAAUAUCAAGUUAGAUUUUUUUUUGUUAGAGGCAUGUAAAUUUUUUUAUUUAUAAUACAUAUUUUAUUUAGUGUCUGUUACAGGGCUUUCAGAUGGAGCGGACCGUCCGCGACUUCGAGCAAAUACCAUGCGUUUAUAUGAACAAUUGAUGAUUUCGUCCGACAGCUAUCUUGAAAAAACACGCGGACGAACAGCGCGGACGCUCCGCUCCAUCUGAAAGCGCUGUUAGGCGAGGGAAUAUACAUAUGAUUUCGGCAGACAUCGUCCAAACAUGACAGAUUAAACAAUCUAGGCUUGACCAAAUAUGUCACACCACUUGUACUAAUGAUAUAUUCUUUUGCCUAGCAGUCUGUACAGAGUGACUUAGGGUAUCAAAAAAAAGUUCAAUAUGAGGUUUUCUAUUUGAGACUUUAACUCUUGUAAAACUGCUGGUAGUACACCAUUAAUCUUAUUUUUAUUGAUAUGCCUACAAACUACAAGGUGAUUCCAAUAUAUUUUUUAUACUAAAAUAGUAAAAAAAUGUCAAGGGAAUGGUGUAUAUAUCUUUUUACCUUAGUAUAUUUUUCCAUAAAAUUUUUAUUCUGAAAAACCCAACUGUUACUCUAUACUGGGUGGUAUAUUAAUUAUGACCCCUCCGCCCAUUUUUAGACUAGUUCUUUUGCGCAUUUACCAAAAUUAUGAAACUAUUUUUAGAGAAAAUUUUGUUUACGAUAUUUUUGUAACAGGCAAAAACGAUUUUGCUCAGGACAAAAAAGUUGUUUGACUAAAAACAGUUUUGGUCUUCUAGUGUAUAUAAUAAUUGUAUUAUAUUAGAAUAAUUUUAAUAUAUUGUGUUAUCCGUUA